GUAUAUUAUACAAUAUACAUACAAUAAUGUUUUAUGUUUAUUUUAUUUUAAUUUCCUUAAAUAUUCAACUGUAUUAUUUAAUAUGUUUGCAAAUAAAUUAAAUUGAAAUAAAAAAUUAAUGCAUUUUAUGUUCUGUCUACGAUUUCGAUGAAUAUUUAAUCAAUUUGUUUACGUUUAACUGUAUCACUGUUAUGUUUUAUGCUAGUCAAUUUAAUUGAAUUGAUUUAACUAUUGCAAUUUUAAUUGGGCCUCAUAAGAAGGCUCAGAGGCACACAGCGGGCGAUGAAACGAGCUAUGCUAGGACUAUCUCUGCGUGAUCGAAUCAGAAAUGAAGAUAUCUGCGAAUGAACCAAAGUGACCGACAGUUUAACGUGUCGCGAAGCUGAAGUGGCAAUGGGCGGGGCACAUAGUUCGAAGAGCCGAUGGACGGUGGGGUCCCAAGGUGCUGGAAUGGCGACCCCGCACUAGAAAGCGCAGUGUUCGACCCCCCACCAGGUGGACUGACGACAUUAGGCGUGUCGCAGGGAUUCUCUGGAUGCAGGCGGCUCAGGAUCGUGAUGUUUUGAAGUCCCUGCAAAAGGCCUAUGUCACGUUUAUUCAAUAUCAGCAACAUCUGCUUUUUAUUUACUCCUCGGUCUAACUACAGACUACUAACCAGACCUACCUCGGUAUAUAUAUGUAACUUUUCUGUCAAAGUGUAAUUUAAAAUGUCAAAACUCAAAAUGAAAAUAAAUCAACGAUAAACACGUAUGGUCACACCAUUAGUAUAUUAAUCUAUGGGUCACACCGCUCGAGGAUAUUAGAUUCCCAACCAUGAAAGAAUGGAAAAUGUUACUAGAAGUUCAUAAAUUGUUAAUUAUCGUGUUAGAGAUCAAUAAAAAAAAAAUAGAGACUUGAUUCAAAUGUUUUAUUAAACUUUUUAAACGUCCGUGAACGCCAUAAAGUUUGUCUGUGCCAUUACGUCAACUGUCAAGUGUCAAUGUCAAGCAACAGCAAGUUUUGUUUGAGUUUGACGUUUGUGUAGGGUUCCCAACUUAGGGGUUAUCCCCCCAGAUUUAGGGGGCAAAUAAGUGCGAUGGGACUUUUUGACUGUUUAUUAUUUUGAAAUUGAUAAUAAUAAUAUUUCUUUCUUGACCUAGCGACUUAUAACGACAUAUGAUACUAUUAUUAUUCUACAACCACUCUGUGGUGACUGGCGGCAAUUUUUAUCCAAUAAAAAAAAUUCUCAACAUGUAUGAUUUCAAAAAUCUGAAUCUCUGGUGAAGACGUAAUAUUUUAUAUUAAUACAUAAAGACAACAUUAUGAAUUUAUAUUUUUCAGGUGGACAAGUCAAUAGUUAAGGCGACGCUAGGGGUUUUGGACACAAACUUUAGGGAUAAAUAUUUCUGAGAAUUGGUAACACUGAGUUUUGUUUAAGUAUGACGUUUGUGUUUUUACGCCUUUCAGUUUCAAUUUCACCUGUUUCAGUGUAAAAUUGUAUAGUUUUUAAUUUUAACAUUCUCCAAACCUGUUGCGUUUUUAAUAUUCGCACCGAAAUUAGAUAACAAUUCAGUAUACAAAUAAACCUUUACAUAAAUCUUCUUAUAAGUAACUUUGUGAUGACCAACCUGGGACAGCGUGACUUACACAUUGUAGAAGAGCAUGAUGAAGACAAACAGACAGAAUCAGAAGAAACUGUACACAGUGGUCACGCAGUUGUUGUGAAAACUGAAGACAGUCUUGAUUCUAUGUCGGCUGAUAGAAACAUGGGAGUUAACGAAGAAUAUGAUGAACUGGUUGCAACUCACGGACAGCACUCAGUGCCUGAGGAGAACAACAUUGAGUUGGAGUCAAAGCUACUGGCUGAUGCUCUCCGGGAGGUUCUCCAAGGGACUCGAGCUUCAAACUCCGUAGUUGCAGACCAGUUGGUCAAACUACAGGAUGUGUUGAAGGAUGAAAGUACUACAUUCGGGUGUACUCUUUGCGGUGAGGAGUUUCCCCAUGAAGAGGAGUACAAUGCUCAUAUGGACAUGCAUGCUCAGGAAAGCGAUGGAAAUACUGAGUGUGGAACGUCAGAAGAGUGUGAGCCUCGCACAGCUGUGAGCUCUGGCUGGAAUUCGUAUCCUCCCACAGACUUGGAUCGACCUUCAGUUGUCCCACUGCCUGCGCUCCUUGCUACCACAGAAGAUGAUGCAAUUGAGGAAAUUAAUCCAGCACUUGAUAUUAGAGAUGAAUUACACGACCAGCCCUCUGCCACCAACAAUCAAACUAAGACAGACAUUAAAGUAUUCACAAAUUGUGAAGUCAAAUUAUAUGAUAUAUUAAAAGAACCUCAAUCAAGAAGAUUUGUUAGCUUUUGCGACAAUAAAACUAAAACAGACAUAAAAUCUAAAGUAUUCACUAAUUGUGUAGUCAAAUUAUAUGAUAUAUUUAAAAAACCAGAUAUGUCACAAAAAAUUAUGAGCUCUAGUGCCAGGCUACAUGCUGAUACAUCCUCUAUAGAGUCUCAUCGUCAGGCAACAAGUGAGCAUGACUUCACCGGGACACGCAACAAACAUAACAAAUCAAACACUUUGCAAAGUGAAACUGAUUGCUUGAAUAAUGGCAGUAGUAUACAAUUUACCAACUCAUCUGUAAACAGUUUACACGAACUUAAUGAAAAGAAAUGCUAUACUUGUGAUGUUUGCGGAAAUAUGUUUAAACAUAAAAGAUCCUUAGUUACACACAUAAAAUCUCACACUGCAAGAAAAACGUUCGUUUGCAAGAUUUGUCAAUUCAAAUCAAUCUACAAAGGAUCCUUGUUUAUACACAUGCGAACUCACACUGGUGAGAAGCCUUAUUCUUGUAAGUUGUGCAAGUAUACAGCUGCUCGAAGUCAUCACUUAGUUACACAUAUGCGAAUUCACACUGGUGAAAAACCUUAUUCCUGUAAUUUGUGCGAGUAUAGGUGUGCAGUUAGUUCUGCCCUAGUGAGACAUAUACGUACUCACACUGGUGAAAAGCCAUAUUCCUGUCAGUUAUGCGAGUAUAAAUCUGCAGAUAGAGGUGACUUAAGGAAACAUGUGCGAAUUCACACUGGUGAAAAGCCAUAUUCUUGCGAGUUAUGUGAAUAUAAAUCUAGUUUUAAACAAUGUUUAGUGAAACAUGUGCGUUCUCACACUGGUGAAAAACCAAUACCAAAAAGUUUUACUUGUGACAUUUGCAAUAAUGUGUUUCAAGAUAAAAGGGUCUUACGUAAACACAUGAAGUCACACAUUGGAAAGAAAAUAUUCACUUGUAAGCUUUGUCCUUACAAAUCCACCUACAAAACUAGCUUAGUUGUUCAUAUACGAACUCACACUGGCGAAAAGCCUUAUUCGUGUAAAUUAUGCAGCUUUAAAUGUGCGGUUCCUGGUAGUUUAUUAUCACAUAUGCAGACUCAUACUGGUGAAAAACCUUUUUCUUGUAAGUUGUGCAACUAUAAAGCUGCUCGAAAUCAUCAUUUAAUUACACAUAUGCGAACUCACACCGGCGAAAAGCCUUAUUCCUGUAAUUUGUGCGAAUAUAGAUGUACAGUGGGUAAUGCGUUAGUGGUACAUAUGCGGACUCACACUGGUGAAAAACCUUAUUUCUGUCAGUUAUGUGAGUAUAAAUCUGCAGACAAAAAAAGCUUAGUGUCACAUGUGCGAAUUCACACUGGUGAAAAGUGGUGUUGUCAAUUGUGCGCGUAUAAAACUACACACGGAAGGAACUUAUUGCGACAUAUGCGUACUCACACUGAUGAAAAGUCUUAUUAUUGUGAUUUGUGCGAUUAUCAGUCUAGUACUAAAAGUUACUUAUCAAUACACAUGCGUUCUCACACAGGUGAAAAACCAUACGCAUGUAAUUUAUGCGAGUACAAAUGUAGUCACAAAGGUAGCCUCGUGGGUCAUAUGCGCACUCAUACUGGUGACAAAACGCCAAAACCAUACUCAUGUAGUAUAUGUAAGCGCAAAUUUUCUGAUAGUAGUCACUUAAGAGUACAUAUGCGGAUUCACACUGGUGAGAAACCAUACGCUUGUAAGUUAUGCGAGUACAAAUGUUCAGAUAAUAGUAACUUACGUAGACAUGUUAUGCAAAGACACACUGGUGAAAAGCCAUUCGCUUGUGACUUAUGCGACUAUAAAGCUUGUCAGAAAAUUAGCCUUGUGUAUCAUUUGCGAAAACAUUAUUAAAGCAAUCUUCUUAUUAGUCAACUAGUAGACGCCGCGCGGUUUCACCCGUGUGGUUCCCGUUCCCGUAGGGAUACGGGGAUAAAAUAUAGCCUAUAGCCUUCCUCGAUAAAUGGGGCUAUCUAACAAUGAAAGAAUUUUUCAAAUCGGACCAGUAUUUCCUGAGAUGAGAGCGUUCAAUCAAACAAACAAACAAACUCUUCAGCUUUAUAAUAUUAGUAUAGAUGUGAGCAGAAUUGCACACGAAAUUCGAUCAAGGUAAGCAUUAGGUGGGCAGGUAACUGUGUUUUAACCGACUUCAUAAAAAGGAGAAGGUUCUCAAUUCGAUGAGUAUGUUUUUUUUAUGUAACUCAUAAUUUUGUAAUUUAUUAACCAAUUUUAAAAAUUGUUAUUAUUUGAAAGAUUGGUCCAGAUUGGUCCCACUUAAAUUUUAAGAAAAUCGGUUCAGUAGGUUAGUAGGUUUUGUGUUCAAAUCAAAAUAAGUGAACGAAAUCGCAUAUGCAGUAGCGUUUACAGUCACAAUGCUACGAGGUCAUUAAAAUCAGAAAAUAAAAUCUUGUAAAAAUCAUUACCAAUCAGAGACUCUCUUCUACAUUGUUUUGUAAACUAUCAGGUACGGGAUUGUAGCGAAAUAUAUCAAAAUAGUGGAUAGGCCAACCGUAGUUUGUAUGUUCAUUUUAUCCUACUAAUAUUAUAAACGCGAAAGUUUGUAUGGAUGUUUGGGUGUUUGUUACUCUUUAACGCCGCUACUACUCAAAAGAUUUGGCUGAAAUUUGGAAUGGAAAUAGAUUUUACUCUGGAUUGACACAUAGGCUACUUUUUAUCCCGAAAAAAAUCCAUGGUUUCCCGAAAAACUGAUGAUUUUGAUGAUAUGAAUAUUUGUUACUCUUUCACGCCUCGACUACUGAACCGAAUUAGCUAAAAUUUGGUAUUAAGAUAUAUUAUAGCCUGGAUUAACACAUAGGCUACAUUUUAUCCCGGAAAAUUCCAUGGUUCCCGAGGGAUUAGUGAAAAACUAAAUUCCACGCGGACGAAGUCGCAGGCGUCCGCUAGUUGGAUAUAAAAAUAGAAUUUGUAAAUUUUAUUGUAAUUAAAAUAUCAACACUGCUGUUUAUAUAGCGUGUCGCAGACAUUCGCUGGAUGCAGGCUCAGAAUCGUGAUGUUUGGAAGUCCCUACAAAAGGCCUAUGUCCUGCAGUGGACGUCCAUCGGCUGAUAUGAUGAUGAUGAUGAUGAUGAAUUUAUAUCUAAUGUGAUAUUGUAUUAAAUAGUUUUAUAUAUUGAUAGAUAUUUUUUAAUUUUCUUUGUAUGUUUAAUUUGUUAAUUUAAUAAUAAAUGUUAAUUUAAUUUUAUUAAUGUAAAUAAAAAAUAUUUUUCAGAUC